GGCGGCGCGAUGGUGCUGAGGAACAGCGGGCGGCGGUACGCGGAGCCCGGCGGGGACGGCGAGACCAGCCGGGACGAUGGCGCCUCUUCCUCUGUGUCCGCACUCAAGCGCCUGGAGCGCAGUCAGUGGACGGAUAAGAUGGAUUCUCGGUUCGGAUUUGAGAGGCUCAAGGAGCCAGGGGAGAAGACGGGCUGGCUGAUCAAUAUGCACCCGACUGAGGUUUUAGAUGAAGAUAAACGCCUGGUCAGUGCAGUGGAUUACUACUUUAUUCAAGACGAUGGGAGCAGAUUUAAGGUGGCGCUGCCCUACAAACCAUACUUCUACAUUGCGGCCAGGAAGGGUUGUGAGCGAGAAGUUUCGUCUUUUCUCUCCAAGAAGUUUCAGGGUAAACUUGCUAAAGUAGAGACCGUUCCCAAAGAGGAUCUGGACUUGCCAAAUCACUUGGUGGGUUUGAAGCGAAAUUACAUUAAGCUGUCUUUCCACACCGUGGAGGACCUUGUCCGAGUGAGGAAGGAGAUCUCCCCUGCCGUGAGGAAGAACCGGGAGCAGGGCCACACCAGUGACACCUACACGGCUAUGCUCUCCAGUGUCCUGCAAGGGGGCAGUGUGAUGAUGGACGAAGAGGAAACCUCUAAGAAGAUUGCGGACCAACUGGACAACAUCGUGGACAUGCGAGAGUACGACGUGCCCUACCACAUCCGCCUCUCCAUCGACCUGAAGAUCCACGUGGCGCACUGGUACAACGUCAGGCACCGAGGGAGCGCCUCGCCGGUGGAGAUCACCCGCCGAGAUGACCUGGUUGAACGGCCCGACCCUGUGGUUUUGGCAUUUGACAUUGAGACGACCAAACUGCCCCUCAAGUUUCCUGAUGCUGAGACUGACCAGAUUAUGAUGAUUUCCUAUAUGAUUGAUGGCCAGGGCUACCUCAUCACCAACAGGGAGAUCGUGGCAGAGGACAUUGAGGACUUUGAGUUCACCCCCAAGCCGGAGUACGAAGGGCCCUUUUGUGUCUUCAAUGAGCCUGACGAGGUCCAUCUCAUCCAAAGAUGGUUUGAACAUGUGCAGGAGACCAAACCCACCAUCAUGGUCACCUACAAUGGGGACUUUUUUGACUGGCCAUUUGUGGAGGCCAGAGCAGCUGUCCACGGACUGAGCAUGUACCAGGAGAUCGGAUUCCAGAAGGACAGCCAAGGGGAGUACAAGGCGCCCCAGUGCAUCCACAUGGACUGCCUCAGGUGGGUGAAGAGGGACAGCUACCUCCCUGUGGGCAGCCACAACCUCAAGGCGGCCGCCAAAGCCAAGCUGGGCUACGACCCUGUGGAGCUGGACCCCGAGGACAUGUGCCGGAUGGCCACCGAGCAGCCCCAGACUCUGGCCACGUAUUCGGUGUCGGACGCGGUGGCCACGUACUACCUGUACAUGAAGUACGUCCACCCCUUCAUAUUCGCCCUGUGCACCAUCAUCCCCAUGGAGCCUGAUGAGGUGCUGCGGAAGGGCUCCGGGACCCUGUGCGAGGCCUUGCUGAUGGUGCAGGCCUUCCACGCCAACAUCGUCUUCCCCAACAAGCAAGAGCAGGAGUUCAACAAGCUGACGGAAGACGGCCACGUGCUGGACGCCGAGACCUACGUGGGAGGCCACGUGGAGGCCCUCGAGUCGGGCGUGUUCCGCAGUGACAUCCCCUGCCGGUUCAGGAUGAAUCCCGCCGCCUUUGACUUCCUGCUGCAGCGGGUGGAGAAGACCAUGCGUCACGCCAUCGAGGAAGAGGAGAAGGUGCCCAUGGAGCAGGUCACCAACUUCCAAGAGGUGUGUGAUCAGAUUAAGGCCAAGCUCACCUCCCUGAAAGAUGUUCCUAACCGUAUCGAGUGUCCCCUUAUCUACCACCUGGACGUGGGCGCCAUGUACCCCAACAUCAUCCUGACGAACCGCCUGCAGCCCUCCGCCAUGGUGGACGAGGCCACCUGUGCAGCCUGUGACUUCAACAAGCCGGGGGCGAACUGCCAGAGGAAGAUGGCUUGGCAGUGGAGGGGCGAGUUCAUGCCGGCCAGUCGCAGCGAGUACCAUCGGAUCCAACACCAGCUGGAGUCGGAGAAGUUCCCUGCCUUGACCCCUGACGGCCCCGCCCGGGCCUUUCACGAGCUGUCCCGCGAGGAGCAGGCGAAAUAUGAGAAGAGGAGGCUGGCAGAUUACUGCCGAAAGGCGUACAAGAAGAUCCACGUGACCAAGGUGGAGGAGCGCCUCACCACCAUCUGCCCGGAGAACUCCUUCUACGUGGACACGGUGCGCGCCUUCCGGGACAGGCGCUAUGAGUUCAAAGGUCUCCACAAGGUGUGGAAAAAGAAGCUCAGUGCAGCCGUGGAGGCGGGCGACGCGGCCGAGGUCAAGCGCUGCAAGAACAUGGAGGUGCUGUACGACUCCCUGCAGCUGGCACACAAGUGCAUCCUCAACUCCUUCUACGGCUACGUCAUGCGCAAAGGGGCCCGCUGGUACUCCAUGGAGAUGGCCGGCAUCGUCUGCUUCACGGGGGCCAACAUCAUCACCCAGGCGAGGGAGCUGAUCGAGCAGAUCGGGAGGCCCUUGGAGCUGGACACAGAUGGGAUAUGGUGCGUCCUGCCCAACAGCUUCCCUGAAAACUUUGUCAUCACCACGACGAGCGUGAAGAAGCCCAAGGUGACCAUCUCCUACCCUGGGGCCAUGCUGAACAUCAUGGUCAAGGAAGGCUUCACCAACGAUCAGUACCAGGAGCUGGCCGAGCCGUCCUCGCUCACCUACGUCACCCGCUCCGAGAACAGCAUCUUUUUCGAGGUUGACGGGCCCUACCUUGCCAUGAUCCUUCCAGCCUCCAAGGAAGAAGGCAAGAAGCUGAAGAAGAGGUACGCUGUGUUCAACGAGGACGGCUCCCUGGCCGAGCUCAAGGGCUUCGAGGUGAAGCGCCGCGGGGAGCUGCAGCUCAUCAAGAUCUUCCAGUCGUCCGUGUUCGAGGCCUUCCUCAGGGGCAGCACCCUGGAGGAAGUGUACGGCUCUGUCGCCAAGGUGGCCGACUACUGGUUGGACGUGCUGUACAGCAAGGCAGCGAACAUGCCAGAUUCCGAGCUGUUCGAGUUGAUCUCUGAGAACCGCUCCAUGUCCCGGAAGCUGGAAGACUACGGGGAGCAGAAGUCUACGUCCAUCAGCACCGCCAAGCGCCUGGCCGAGUUCCUGGGAGACCAGAUGGUGAAGGACGCGGGGCUGAGCUGCCGCUACAUCAUCUCCCGGAAGCCCGAGGGCUCCCCCGUCACCGAGAGGGCCAUCCCACUCGCCAUCUUCCAGGCAGAGCCCACCGUGAGGCGGCACUUCCUCCGGAAAUGGCUGAAGACCUCGUCCCUGCAGGACCUGGACAUUCGGACGAUUCUGGACUGGGACUACUACAUCGAGCGGCUGGGCAGCGCCAUUCAGAAGAUCAUCACCAUCCCCGCAGCUCUGCAGCAGGUGAAGAACCCCGUGCCUCGCGUCAAACACCCUGACUGGCUGCACAAAAAACUACUGGAGAAGAACGAUGUCUACAAGCAGAAGAAGAUCAGCGAGCUCUUCAUCCUCGAGGGCAAGAGACAGGUGGGGGUGGCCCAGGCUCCGGAUGGCGCCCAGAGCCUGGGUGCUCCCGACAUGGAGGAUUUUGGCCUUGAGAAGCCUCCCCACACCGCCGUCCCCGUUGCUACGAAGAGGAAGCGGGUCCUCUGGGAGAGCCAGGAGGACUCACAGGACUUGGGGCUGACGGUGUCCUGGCAGGAGAUCCUGGGGCAGCCUCCCGCCCUCGGAACCACCCAGGAAGAGUGGCUGGUCUGGCUCCGGUUCCACAAGAAGAAGUGGCAGCUGCAGGCCCGACAGCGCCUUGCCCGCCGGAAGAAGCAGCGUCUGGAGGCAGCAGACGGGCUGCAGCCCGGACCUGUGCGAGACAGGCCCAGCACAGGGCUGGGGGGCUUCCUGCGAAGAACUGCCCGCAGCGUUCUGGACCUCCCGUGGCAGAUCGUGCAGAUCAGCGAGACCAGCCAGGCUGGCCUGUUCCGCCUGUGGGCUGUCAUCGGCAGCGACUUGCACUGCAUCAAGCUGAACAUCCCCCGGGUGUUCUACGUGAACCAGCGGGUGCCCAAAGCAGAGGAGGGAACUGCAUAUCGUAAGGUGAAUCGAGUCCUUCCUCGCUCCAACACGGUCUACAAUCUCUAUGAGUACUCAGUGCCGGAGGACAUGUACCAAGAGCACAUCAAUGAGAUCAAUACCGAGCUGUCAGCCCCAGACAUCGAGGGCGUGUACGAGACUCAGGUGCCGUUACUGUUCCGGGCCCUGGUGCACCUGGGCUGUGUGUGUGUGGUCAGUAAACAGCUGGUGAGGCACCUGUCGGGCUGGGAAGCAGAAACCUUCACUCUUGAGCACCUGGAGAUGCGCUCUCUGGCCCAGUUCAGCUACCUGGAACCAGGGAGCAUCCGCCACAUCUAUCUGUACCAUCGCACACACGGCCACAAGGCGCUCUUCGGCAUUUUCGUGCCCUCUCAGCGCAGGGCGUCCGUAUUUGUGCUGGACACUGUGCGAAGCAACCAGAUGCCCAGCCUCAGCGCCCUGUACUCGGCCGAGCACAGCCUCCUGCUGGAGAAAGUGGGCCCCGAGCUCCUGCCGCCCCCAAAACAUACAUUUGAAGUGCGGGCUGAGACCGACUUGAAGACCAUCUGCAGAGCCAUCCAGCGCUUCCUGCUGGCCUACAAGGAGGAGCGCCGGGGGCCCACCCUCAUCGCCGUGCAGUCCAACUGGGAGCUGAGGAGGCUGGCCGGCGAGAUUCCCGUCCUGGAGGAGUUCCCGCUGGUGCCUGUCCGCGUGGCCGACAAGAUCAGCUACGGAGUCCUGGACUGGCAGCGCCAUGGAGCCCGGCGCAUGAUCCGCCACUACCUCAACCUGGACACCUGCCUGUCGCAGGCUUUUGAGAUGAGCCGGUACUUCCAUAUCCCCAUUGGGAAUCUGCCUGAGGACAUCUCCACCUUUGGCUCCGACCUCUUCUUCGCCCGCCACCUCCAGCGCCACAACCACCUGCUCUGGCUGUCCCCUACCUGGCGCCCUGACCUGGGCGGGAAGGAGGCCGACGACAACCGCCUCAUCAUGGAGUUUGAGGACCAAGCCACCGUGGAGAUCAACAGUUCAGGCUGCUACUCCACAGUGUGUGUGGAGCUGGACAUUCAGAACCUGGCGGUCAACACCAUCCUGCAAUCUCACCACGUCAACGACAUGGAGGGGGCCGACAGCAUGGGCAUCAGCUUCGACGUGAUCCAGCAGGCUUCCCUGGAGGACAUGAUCACCGGCAACCAGGCCGCCAACGCUCCCGCCAGCUACGACGAGACAGCCCUCUGCUCCAGCACCUUCAGGAUCCUGAAGAGCAUGGUGGUGGGCUGGGUGAGGGAGAUCACACAGUACCGCAACGUCUACGCCGACAACCAGGUGAUGCACUUCUACCGCUGGCUGCGCUCCCCGUCCUCGCUGCUCCACGACCCGGCCCUGCACCGCACGCUGCACAGCAUGAUGAAGAAGCUCUUCCUGCAGCUCAUCGCUGAGUUCAAGCGCCUGGGGUCAUCAGUGGUUUAUGCCAACUUCAACCGCAUCGUCCUGUGCACGAAGAAGCGGCGGAUCGAGGACGCCCUGGCCUACGUGGAGUACAUCACCACCAGCAUCCACUCUAAGGAGAUCUUCCACUCCCUGACGAUCUCCUUCUCUCGGUGCUGGGAGUUUCUUCUCUGGAUGGAUCCCUCCAACUAUGGUGGCAUCAAAGGAAACGUGCCCUCUCGCAUCCACUGUGGACGGCAGGACCCCCAGAAAGAGGGCAGAGCAGAAGAGGAGGAGGAGGAGCCUGAGGAGGAAGGUGAGGAUGACGGGGGCGAGGAUGAUGACGGGCAGGAACCGGAUGUGGAGGACCUGCUGGAAAACAACUGGAACAUCGUGCAGUUCCUGCCACAGGCAGCCUCCUGCCAGGGCUACUUCCUCAUGAUCGUCUCAGCGUACAUCGUGGCCGUGUACCACAGCAUGAAGGAGGAGCUGAGGCGCAGCACCCCGGGCAGCACCCCCGUGAGGAGACGGGCAGCCAGCCAGCCGUCGCAGGAGGCCCAGGCGGCAGCCGGAGCCCUGCCCGGAAUGAUCACCUUCUCUCAAGAUUACGUGGCAAAUGAACUCACUCAGAACUUCUUCACCAUCACCCAGAAGAUUCAGAGGAAAGUCACGGGCUCUCGGAACUCAGCUGAGCUCUCAGAGAUGUUUCCUGUCCUGCCCGGCUCUCACUUGGUGCUUAAUAACCCUGCCCUGGAGUUCAUCAAGUAUGUGUGCAAGGUCCUGUCUUUGGACACAAACAUCACAAACCAGGUGAACAAGCUCAAUCGGGACCUGCUCCGCCUGGUGGACGUUGGUGAGUUCUCGGAGGAGGCCCAGUUCCGAGACCCCUGCCGCUCCUAUGUGCUCCCAGAGGUCAUCUGCCACAGCUGUAACUUCUGCCGGGACCUGGACCUGUGCAAAGACCCGUCCUUCUCUCAGGACGGGGCUGUGCUGCCCCAGUGGUUCUGCUCCAACUGCCAGGCCGCCUACGACUCCUCGGUGAUCGAAAUGGCCCUGGUGGAAGCCCUGCAGAAGAAGCUGAUGGCCUUCACCCUGCAGGACCUGAUCUGCCUGAAGUGCCGAGGCGUGAAGGAGACCAACAUGUCCGUGUACUGCAGCUGUGCGGGCGGCUUCGCCCUCACCAUCCACACCAAGGUCUUCAUGGAGCAGAUCAGAAUCUUCCGGAACAUUGCCCAGCACUAUGGCAUGUCAUACCUCAUGGAGACCCUGGAGUGGCUGCUGCAGAAGAACCCCCAGCUGGGCCAUUAGCCAGGCGGGCCUGUCCCCUCUCUGUCCCCUCUCUGCCCCAGCCUCCCAGCUGGAGACCAUCUCCAGGACUCAGCACCAAAGAAAAUGACCCUCAGGGUGCUUCCGGGGAGGGGUCACUUGGCCCAAACCAGCCAUCCAGCCAGAGCAGGAAGCGGCCCACCUGGGUCCCAGUCCCAGCCUCGGUCAGGGCAGCCUGACGGGUCGUUCUCGUGCACAAACACGUGUGGCCUCUGCUGCUGCUGCUGCAGGGCCUGGCCCUCCUGCCCCACCUCUGCAUCCCCUUUGCCCUCAGGGCCUUCUGCUUGAGCCAAACCUGGGGGAGGGAGGCGUAGGCCAGACCCAGGGCAAGGGACACCUGGGUGGGAAACUGCACCUCUGCUCCCAGGCACUGUGACCUCAGAGACGCCCUCCACGGCUUCACCCGUGGGUGUGGCCAGUUCCAGGAAUCAGGCCCUGAGCCCUUGGGGGCCUGGGCAUCUUUCAGAGGGCAGGUUCCGGGACGGCUGGCAUCCCUGCACUUGGGCUUGGAUUUCUCUGUGGAGACUUCCUGGUCAGAGAGGGGGGCGGGGUCUGCAUCAGGUGAUCCCCUCAUCUGGGCCGGGGCUUCUCAGAUGGAGCUUGACCACACCACCUGCCCUCAGAGCCUACCUGUGCUCCGAGGAGGCCUGGCACAGGGGGUCACCCAUUGAUCAUGGAUUGUACCUGUUACCUCUUGGACUUUGGAAAAAUAAUUUUUCACCCACAA